AGAAGACGGGAACCUCGGUAGAUUCGUGUUGUGCAAGGAAGAAGAGAUCAUCACUAUAGCAACUUCAAAGUAAAGGGUACUAGGUUGAUCAUGAACUAAAUGAUAGGAAUACGUAUUCUGAACAUGUCUGACAUCUGAUUUUUGACUUUUGUGAUAUUUUUGAUCUCCGACCUCUCCUCUAGGAGAGAUAAUUCUAGAGGGCUAAUAUCAGUUAAGUCAUGCGAAACAUGAUCCAAUUUAAGUGUCAACGCGAACAUCUGUGUCUAAAUUCUGUUAUUUUACUAUUGUCUCUCAAGAAUUUUAGUAUUUGUGUGGUAUCCCCACUUGCUGAGUGAUUCCCAAAUCACUCACCCCCUUACAACCCAUUACAAAUAAAGAUGAAAGGGGCGUCGAGAAUGAAAACGAGGAUAGAGAACAAGCUGAGGACUAGAAAUAUAUUGCAGCUACGAAUUUCUUAAUUUAGUUAGGAGGAUAUAAUUUAAUUUGUUAAGUAGUGAAAAUAUACUUUUGUAUUAAGUAUAUAAAAAUUAAUUUUAUGUGAUAAUUACUAUACUACUAAGACUUAUUGCCUUCAAACUUUGAGUUGAAAGCAAUAUCGAUAUCAACCCCGAUCGGUCCCGAUCGUGGGUGUGACAAUGGAUAUAAUGAUUCAUCCUUAGACCGCAAAUUACGGUCCAGAUCCUGGCUGUCCUUUCACUUGCUCGAUUGUUGAUGCUCCUUAUGACACGUACGACAAUGAAGAGUCUUUCGGUUAGGAGCGGCCGUUUCUCGGCCAUGCUUUCGGGCAGGAUCACGGUGCAAAGACGCUUGACUUCUCAUCCUUAGUGUAGCUGGAAACAAUGUGACAAAUUGGUUCAAAGACGCAAGCAAGAAGACGAUUCAUCCAAGAAGUGAAACACGAGAAGGAACGAGAAGUUAAGCGACUCAAGUAGUCACAAUUGUCCUCGCUUCAUCCAUCAAACGCGGAAUCGGGACAGUGCCUCAUCCAUCAACCGCAAUUGUCCCUCCUACCAUAGUUGUUUUUCCUUUUCUAAAAAGAAGUCCCACUUUAAUUCAAGUGUUUUCCCCAGUAAGAGACAAUUACCUCUCAUUUUAUAAUACCGAUCAGGUACUUGAACUUGUUUGGAUUUCAGUUAGUUGAACUUUUUUCGAUUCAAAGACGAUCUCAUGUAAUAUCUUACACCCUUGCAUGAUCUAGAAGUGCUGCUCAUGAAGUUCCUGCUCUGGCCUUUGCAUCGCAUGUGUUGGGCACCACUCUCAGAUAUAAAUAUAAAACACACACACACAAACUCUGAUUCUUUUAACGGACGGAGUGCUGAGAUUGUUUGGCAUAAUGCCAUCAGAGUUCAAAUUUGCAUCAACUUAAUUAUAUUUCUCCCUUUCAAUUCAUCUCUUGGUGCAAAACGUAGCUCAAUCCAUCUCCCAACCAUCAUUCCAAAAACCAUGUCUCCAUCAUAUCCAAGAUAUCGUAUUUAUUUUUUGGUCAUUUCUCCUAUUCUUUCUUUUUCCUGAGUGGGGAUAUCGAUCAGCUUCUCGAGAGCUUUAAGGUUGGUGAGGUCGCUAAGUUAGUCGAGGUCGAAAGGAAGGAAACAAAAGAAUGGCGGAUUGUUUGUGCUUGUCAAAGGAUGAGAUGAAGAAGCCAACGAUGGAGGAGAGGACGACGUUGAGGAAAAAGAGAUUUUGGAGGAAGAAGAAGGCGCUGAGAAAAGGGCACAAUCUGGUUUCUCUGGUUAACAAGAUGUCAUUCAAAUCAGAUGACGGGAGGCAAAAACUUGCAGCCGAGAUGCUACGCAUAGGCAGUGAGAAGAUCGCCGCCCGUGUCUUCACAUUUCGCGAAAUGGCAGCUGCCACGAAGAACUUCGACUCGGAAAACCUACUGGGUGAAGGUGGAUUUGGGAGGGUGUACAAAGGGCAACUCAAAGGCAGCAACGAAAUUGUAGCAGUGAAGCAACUUGACAGAAAUGGAUUCCAAGGCAACAGGGAAUUCCUGGUUGAGGUCUUCAUGCUGAGCUUGUUACACCAUCCAAACCUUGUUAAGUUGCUUGGCUACUGUGCUGAUGGAGAACAAAGGAUCUUAGUGUAUGAGUGCAUGCCGUUAGGUUCAUUGGAGGAUCAUCUACUAGAUUUGGCACCAGAUAGUAAGCCAUUGGACUGGCUCACAAGGAUGAAAAUUGCAGCUGGUGCAGCCAAAGGACUGCAAUACUUGCACGAGAUUGCAAACCCACCAGUGAUUUACAGAGAUUUUAAGGCAUCGAACAUCCUUCUCGACGACGACUACAACCCAAAGUUGUCCGACUUCGGCCUUGCUAAGCUUGGUCCGACCGGAGACAAGACUCAUGUGUCCACCAGAGUGAUGGGGACCUAUGGGUAUUGUGCUCCGGAGUAUGCAUUGACAGGCCAGUUAACAACGAUGUCGGAUGUGUACAGUUUUGGAGUUGUAUUCUUGGAGCUGAUUACUGGAAGGAGAGCUAUCGACACGACCAAACCGACGCGUGAGCAGAACUUGGUCCAUUGGGCAGAGCCACUGUUCAAGGACAAGAGGAAAUUCGUGGCAGUGGCUGAUCCUCGGCUGGAGGGGAAGUACCCCAUAAAGGGCCUGUAUCAAGCUCUUGCUGUGGCUGCAAUGUGCCUGCAAGAGGAGGCAAGCAUAAGGCCUCUCAUCAGUGAUGUGGUCAUUGCUCUCGAGUACCUGGCUAAUCCAAGGACCAAUGGCCCUGAAGAACCAACAACACCUGAAGCUGAACCAAUUGCCAGCUCUGUGAUAGUGGAAGAUACUAGACAUCUUGAAGAGAAAGAGUCAGAAUUAGAUGAUCAUAUUCACCAAGAAAGCUAUUCCUUCUCGAGCAGGGAAGAUGAGCUGAAUGAUGUGGAAUAGUGAGAUGGGAUGGGAUGUUUUGCAUCUACAAUUGUUUUCUGCAUUUUGAUUGAUUUGCUACAUAUAUCAAGUGCAUUGCUAGGCUUUUGAGUCUUAGAACUUGAAUCAUGGAGCAAAGAAAAGGCUUAUGCUCUCGAGGAGUU